UCGCUCGCGCGCCGUUGCCAGUGGAGACCCGCAGUAGCCAGGGAGACGGGACGCACGCACGCGCGCGAUCUUUCGGAAUUCUGCAGUUCUUGAAAAGUAACGGCUGCCGGGCGAUGCGGCGGAGCGGCUCGAGCUGAGUUCUAGUUCCUUCAACCAGCGCGCUCUGACACCAUGUUCUACGGCUCCACAUCCGCCAGCAUGUCACUGCCUUCCAAGAACCGCCUGAAGCGUCAGAGUCGCACCUUCACCCAGGUUCUUUACCGAACGCUGAGCUACAGGGACCGCCGCUCCGUCACCGACCUCCCAGAGCAGGUCCGAGAUGACCCCGCCGAGCUCUCCACUCAAACCUCUGCCCCUGGCGUGCUGAAGAUCUUCGGAGAUGAAAUCAGCACAGGAGCUAAUUAUAAAAGUGUGCUGGCCACGCCCCGCUCCAGUGCGCAAGAGCUCAUUAAGGAGGCACUGGAACGCUAUUCUUUGAACAAAGCUUGUGCAAGUAACUAUGUGCUGUGCGACGUCAUUGGGCGAUUCGAAGGGGUAGAGCGGCAGUGGCGGACCGAAUGUUUGCGGGCGCUGGGCAGCAACGAGAAACCCCUCCUCCUGCAGGAUCUGUGGAAGCCAAAGGAGGGGUUUGCCAGGCGCUUUGAGCUGAGGCGGAGAGCGGAGGUCGAGGAACUGGCUGCCAGAGAGAAAGACACGGUGACUGCAGGGUCUCACACCAACUCCCCCGUGUUAAUGUCCACUCUGAGUAGAGGGGGACAUGGUAGAUGCCACCGGAGCUCCCCCCGGGGCUGGCGUAUGGUACUACCCAGCACUCCGAUUCUUAAAGAUAUAAACGCUCAGGCCCGGAAGCUUCAGCGAAACCGCGCUAAAGGAACGAUGACUCUACAGCACGGCUCCACCUUCUGCCGCAGCCUCAGCGAAACCAGCCUCAACCUGGUGGGCCUGCCGGGGGAGGAGCCCAAACGCUACUACUCCACUCUGCCCGGGCCGGUCAGAGCGCGCUCCGCACGGGAAACUGAGGUUCGCAAGGAGAGAGAUGGGGGCGGAGUCAAGCACUCACUCUACCACUCGCCUCAUCUUCUUCUCCUGCAAGGAUACAAUCGACAGGACUGUCUCGUAUACCUGCUGAACAGAGAGCAGCACACGGUGGGUCAAGAGACGGCAUCUGCACGACCCAACAUCUGCCUGUCGUCACCAGAUAUCCUGCCGCUUCACUGCCGCAUCCGCCGUGCUCCUCCUCGUCGUUCCUCCUCCUCCUCUUCCUCGGCUUCUCCAGACCCACGGCUGCUGCUCGAGCCGGUCGCCCACGGCAACGUGUUGGUCAACUUCGCUCGAAUAGAGCGGCCCAUGCCCCUCCGUCACGGUGACCUGCUUUCCUUCGGUGCUCACUAUAUCUUCCUAUACAAGGACCCGCUGAGCGCUAAACCACUUCCUGCCCAGUCCCUCACCAGACUGCGCGCACUCGCAAGACUCUAUGACAGCGAAUCAGGGGGCGGGGCUGAAAAAGGAGAGGUGUGUCGGAUGUGUGGGAGCAUUCUGCGGGAACCUGUUGGGUCAUCAAUGCGUGGCUCCAGGACUCCACUGCGUAACUCGCAAAAACGUAAGCUGGCGCUAGAGUUCGAGCGGGCUCACGAGGACGCACUAGUGAACCGGGUGCUCACACUGAUUGAGCCAAGCGGAGACGACCACAAGCUCACACCGGCCUACCUGCUCUGCCUCUGCAUCAAGCACUCCGCUAACACGUUCCCACCUGGCAGCUUCGGGAAACUGCUGCUGAAAAUCGCCAAGAGGAUUCAGACCAUCGCCUGGGAGAAGACAAAGGAAUUGGCACAGAAGCAAGCUCAGCAUCAGGACCCAGCCUCCUUGUCUCUGCUCAGCAUCUCUGACCUUGUGCCAGACCUUCAGUUCAUUUUCUUUUGGAUGUCAAAUGCCAUCGAGAUCCUCUACUUCAUCCAGCAGAAAUCUCCGGCGUACAUGCAGAGCAUCGAAAUGAUGGACCCAAAAGCUGGAUCUAAAGAAUCACUCCUCUCUGCUACGAUAUCAGCCAAUGAAGAAGCCAUGACCAUUCUGGAGGAAGUGAUUAUGUACACUUUUCAACAAUGUGUCUAUUACAUCACUAAGUCCUUGUAUGUGGUGCUCCCAGCUUUGCUGGACUGCAACCCAUUCGGAGGAGAUGCGUCGUCAGAGCCGUGCCGCCGGGCAGCAGGUGUGUGUGUCUGCACCGUGUGUGUGAUGCCAGAGGCGGUGAGGAGGGUGGUGAGCGUGUUGCAGACCACGGCGGAUCUUCUACAACAGUACCAGGUUCACGCCGAGAUCCAGAGUCAGAUGUUCGCCUACCUGUUCUUCUUCACCAACGCCUCCCUCUUCAACCUUUUCAUCGAUAAAGGUCCUGCGAGAGGCUGGUUCCAGCGUUCUCGAGUGCUGCAGAUACAGGCAUGUGUGCGGAUGCUUCUGGACUGGGCGAAAGGUGCAGGCCGGGCUCAGCUGGCCCAGAAGUUUUUUGCGAAGCUGUGCAGCGCAGUCACCAUCCUCGCCACACCCGUACAACAGCUCUCACAGAUGAGUUGGAAAGUGCUGUGUUCAGAGCACCCCACUCUGAAACCAGUCCAACUACACAGAAUUCUCACACAGUACCAGCUCAUAGCUGAGGUGGGUCAUCUCCCAAUCUGGCAACCAAGCAGUGAAGAUGAGGCCUAUAUCUACAGAACAGUGGACUUGUUGGAAAGCUUUGAGAACCACCCUCCUAUUGUGUUGCCCAGCGCCGGAUUUAAGGUGGACCUGGAGAGUGACAGUGUGGAAGACAGUAUCUACAGGCAACUUCUUUAUAUCAGGCACUUCCUGUGGGGGCUCCGCACAAAGACACAUCCCUCCAACGGCAGCACAGACAGACAGGAAAACCAGCGUGACCAUCUUCAGCCCCACUGUAGCCCCCGGCCUGCUGCCCCCCAGCGAGGAGAGGGAGAGGGUGAGGUGCGGGACUGCUCCGGGACCCUAGGGGGACGUGGAGAGGGGGCGGGAGCGGAGGACAGAGCGACAGACAGAGCACCGCACAGCGCUCACUACAGAAACGGGACUGCCAGCCGCCUCGGCAGCCAGUCUCACGGCCCAGAGUCGUCCUGUCUCCUCACUCCUCCUAACACCCCUCUCUACCCAGACCUUGCACACUCACAGGCUGGUGCACCACUUUACCCUGAAUACGCCCACUCACGCGCUCACACACAGGCUAAUGGGUGUGUGCGCUCCACCCCUGAGCACAAGAAGAUCAAUGGAUUCAUCAGUAAUGGCAUUGAAGGCCCUCUGAGUGGCUGUGGCUUACCUUUCCCCGUCCCUCUGCCCCAUACCCUGGGUCCCGACUCUGACGCUAUCUGUUCCAUCUUUGUAGUGGACCUGGACAAAGGACCUUAUGGCCUUGGCAUGGGACUUAUCGAUGGACUUCACACUCCUCUGAACUCACCUGGAAUCUACAUCCGCACGCUGAUCCCUGAUGGUCCAGCUGCUUCGGAUGGCCGCCUGCAUAUUGGAGACAGAAUUCUGGCUGUAAAUGGAACCAGCCUCAUUGGAGCUGAUUACCAGAGUGCUGUUGAUCUGAUCAGGUUGGGCGGAGGGCGGCUCCGGUUUCUCGUCGCUAAGUCAGAUCCUGAAGUGUCGGAGAAGAUCAGUGCCUCUUCCUGCUGAGACUUGGGGGAAUAAUGGAGGGGGCUACAUCUUCGUUUCUCCACCAAAGCAAAACGAGUAGCUAACAGAAGCCCUCUUUACGUUUAGGAGGCAGUGAAUAAGCACAUUACGAGACACUCAGCGACCACUCUCCUUAACCUCCUAUUGCACUUAGAGGAGAGCCGUAGCACAGCAGGACCUUCAACAGGACAACAACACCUUUUUCUUCUUCGCUUCCUUUUGGAUCUUAGGGCAGUCUCCCAGAAUAGAGAUUUGUAAAAGAUGCUGAAGAGAUGAUUCUGUAUAAUCGCUGUCAUAUCAGAAUUCCACAGCUCCGGAUGUUUAGUUUUUUUUUUUUGAGACCAGGAUUUUCAUUUGAGGCCACCAGCUUUUCAUGAUUGUACAGCAUGGCAUGUUGGUCCAUGAUUACAUCAAAUGAGACAUUACUACACAAAAUACAUAGAAAAUGAAUAAGUAAUGAUAUGAGUUGUCAGGUUUUGUUAUGACAGCGAUUAAAUGCUUGUAUCAGACUAUGCUUGACAGUAAAACACAACACCACAUCAGAAAACGUUGGGACAGUAUGGAAAAUGCCAGAAAAUAUAUACAUAUGUAUUUACUUCUCACAUUGUUCACUUCAUUUAAUUUGUUAAUAUACAUCCAUAUUAUACAUUUCUGCAUUUUUAGGCCUGCAACACGUUGCAAAAAUAGUUGGGACAAGGCUUUUAUUAAGAUAAUAAUGAGCUUAUUAGACAUGCAGUUUUAAAUAGGUGAUUGCAAUCAUGGUUUGGUACCACAGCAUGCCACAAAAAGCUGCUUUAAUGUCAUUAAACAAUUUAAGGAAUCAGGAUUUAAGAAACAAUUUAACCCUUUCAGACCUGAAUUAUGUUCCAGUCAUGGGAUAAGAAUAAGAAUAUAAGAAUGCUGUUUUUUGUGUGAUGUACACAAAACAGGACAGUAAUAUUUUAAUCUAAACUCCUAACUAAAACAUUUAACUGCUUUAUAAUGUUCAUUGCAUUGUUUAGCAUUUGUAUUUUAUAUUUGCUAUAUUUGCGACCUCUUUAUUUCACCACCCAUGCCUGAACAAAAAAAUAACGAUUAUUAAAAGUGUUCUAAAAAACAUAAAAUCAGUAAAAAUGAGCUCUUACUUUGCCUCAUGUCCGAGGUACUGUAUUUUCCAGUGCAGUGGGUGGGGCUUAUGUCUGAUGGACAACAGGCCUUAAUGAUUGUUAUAUGCUUAAACAUUAAAACAUUAAAAAAUGUGCAAUGUCCCUUGUAAUGCACUGCACCAAGAACUGUCAUUUAGCAGUGGCUGAUUAAACCACAACCAGGAGCAAGGGAUUAGUUUGGCAAACCUUUGUCAAGCACUAAAAUACAAAUUUACAUUCAUAAAUGGCACUAUAGACUUGAGAGUAGAGAUAUACUUGCUUUUAUUAACUAUAUGUUCACGUACCUCACGAAGUGGUGCCUCACGUAUUUUGCAUUCGUUUUGUGUUGCUUGUGCACAUCUAAAACCAUAGGGGGCGGUACAUCCCUCAGCAGCAUCUUACGAAGAACUUACAGACAGUUUUGAGGAGCAGCUCCAUGAUGAGUCCUUGCUGCUGCACAUCGACAAAUAUGCUAAUUUAGAACAGCUGGUGAAAGAUCAGCCUCGCUUUAAAGGUCAAUGUGGAAACGUGUAAAUUGAAAUGAAAACAAAUCAGUGACCGCUACGUCCGUGCAAGACUGCAAAUGCUAUAGGAACAGAGCAGGCACAGAGCUGACAAGGGUUUUGUCCCGCAGGGGCCUAAACUGUCCUCUAGUGGAAGCCUCCAGUAACAUUCAUAAUAAUAGAUACAUUGGUAAUGCACCAUGGGCCCUAUCGUGCAUGCUCAUUGCUAUCUUACACCCUGUCAACAGCCUUUUUUCUCGCCUUGCGCCCACGCUGUAAAAUAGCAUCAGAGUUUAAGAAUAAAUCUACAGUGAGUCUGGAAGUGAGGUGCGUUAAGGUCAAUUUCUGGUGUGUUGCUCUCUUGGCAAAUCCAAAUCAAAUCAAAUGUAUUUAAUUGAUUUAAUUAUAUAGAGCUUUCUACAACUGAUGUUGUAACCAACAGCUUUACAGAGCAAAGAAUCAGACAAAACCCUAAACAUAUAAUAAAGAACCCCCCAGUGAGCGCAGAGGCAAGAAAAAGCUCCCUCAGAGCUGGAGGAGAAAGAAACCUUAGGAGGAGCAAGACUCACAUAUAAGGGGGAACCAUCCUACCACUGUUCAGACAGCUUUUAAAUGAAUUUCAAAAAGUCCAAAAAGUCUUAAUACAUCCAGCUUUUACAUCCACAAUAAACAGAAGUGAAAAAAAAAUAAAUAAAUAAUAUUGCUGUUCCCUUAAAUUACCAGCUGGCUCACCUUUACAUUGUGAACAUGGAGGUCAGUAUCCUCUGCUGAAACACAUAAAAGCGCCACACUGUUAAAAUAUCAAUGCGCCAAAGUUAGAGUGCAGCUGGCUCUUAAAGGGAAAUACAGGUGACACACUGAUAACUUGGUUCAGUUCAUGUUACGCCCAAAACACGCCCUGUGCGCUAUAGAUCGAUAAAAUAGGGCCUCAUGUGUUUCAGACCAAAGACAAAAAUGACCAUUUAGAGUGUCAUCAGCAAAAUAACAUUUCAAACACAUUAUCGCUUGGUAUCCUUGGUGUCAAACGUCUUUUAAGUGUUGUGAGAAGGAAUAUGUGCAUUACAGAGUAGAAAAUGUUUUACCAUCCCAUCUUUUUUGGAAUAUGUCACAGGCCUAAAUGCAGGGAUUAAUUGAGUAUGAAAUACAUUGGGUAAUUUUGUCUGCAUUUUUGUUUUUGCAGUUUGCAUACUGUCACAACUUUUUCUGAUUUGGAGAAGUAACUGAUAACACAGUGAACAGAUUCCACAGCCAGUUUUGCUAAAUUGGUAAAUCAUUGUUUGCGUUUAGCCUUUUUUCUUCAUAUAAGCUUGAAAUUGAAGUGUAAAUUUGCUCUAAAUUUGAAGAUGUGCCGUCUUUUUUCGACAGCCUUGCUAAAAAGACACAAUGUAUCCUGUUUACAGUUACUUAUCACACAUGUCUGAAAAAAAAAGAGCUUCCGCUUGGUAAAUUUCUGAAUGUUUCUGAUCAAUGAAGUUACCUCUGUAUGAACUCCACAGCUAAAUGGUAAAACUGCAAAAUGAAUAGUACAUAAACAUAGACCAAAUGUGCUGCAAUGUUCAGUUUCAUGUACAGUUGUGAUGGGAAGUUUAUGUGCACUCAUGGUCAUAUGUAAGUGUCAUGGCAAUAUUGAGCUUGUAUAGUAUUUUGUUUGGGGAGGGAACAAUAGUAUUGAGACACCUGCUCAUUCAUUGGCUCCUCUGAAGUCAAGAGUACUAAAAAGAGUUUGUCCUGCUUUUGUUGGAGUAACUGUCUACAGUCUAGGAAAGGUGUUCUACUAGAUCAUGGAGCAUUGCUGUGAGGGUUUGAUUGCAGUCAGUGAGAAGAGUGUUAGCAAGGUCAGAGUGUUUAAAAAUGAUCACCCUACCACUUCAACCCAAAAGAAUUGGAUAAAGCGCCAUAAUUCCAGAGAACACAGUUCCUAUGCUCCACCGCCAUCUAAAUCAAGUUACUUACUCUUAGUAAGUGCUAAGCAAGGCAUUGUGGAAGUAGCUACACCUUUUUGAACUGUACCAUCAUAUAAUUCUUUGAUAUAUCAUAUCAUUCUUUGAUUCUUUGAACUGAUAGUUGUGGAAAUGACUCUUAGGUAAAUCUACAUCCAUCCUUCUUAGGUCUGCUCUGAGCUCCUUGAACAUUCUUAUUGUGGUUACUAAGGCCAUUCUAUACCAUUUUUUAACCAGUGGGAAAACUUUAGACCAGUUAGAUUCUGUGUUGCUAAAUAAGCAUCAAGAAAGUGUCUCAUCAAUGGCUGUUAUCAGAUGCUAACUUGCUAAACAAAGCAUAUUAACUAAGGGUGCUUUCACACCUAUCAAAACAGAAAUAAAAAUAAUCUGAGAAUGUGAGAAAAUUCCCAUUUACUCACAAUUUAGCUAGGCCAAUUGUCCCACCUAUUCAAUUGCUAGUCAGCUGUAUAUCCCCCAUCACUGAUGAUGCCACAACACCAGGAGGGUGAAGACUAACACAUGCCUCCUCUGAUACAUGUGAAGUCAGACUCUGCCUCUUUUCAAACUGCUGCUGAUGCAGCAUUGCUGAAUAGCAUCACAGCGUACUUGGAGGAAAGUACAGCACAGGUGCCUUGUGCUGACUGGCAUCACACUAGAAGUGAUGAUUGCCAUCUACCCACUUGGAGAGAGCAAGUCCUCUCCCAGGGCUGCGGGAGCUGAUGGCAAGCUGCAUGGCCGGGAUUCAAACCAGUGAUCUCCCAAUCAUCACUGGACCACUCCACCGCCCUUGACAAUCAUCUUUUACAUUCAAUUUUCCGUGAGAUGUGCAUGUGAAUGGGAGUCGGUUUUAAAAGGGAGCUAGAAUUCAUCACAACAUUCUACAAGCCAAUUAAUAUGAAGUAUAGAGAGAGACACAGCACAUGUAACUGAUAAUGAUAGGAUGCAGUAGUUAUUUAAUGUGCUUAAUAAACUGCAGUGUAAAACCAAAACUAACCGGACCAAAUACUGUAUGCAUAAUGUAUCAACUCUGAUCUGGGCUUUUAUGCAAAUUUGAGAGCUUUUCUUGCUAGAUACCGGCCUCGUCCAACAUUGCUAUCGCAUCAUUAGCAGGCUUGUCCCACAUCACUACCACACAGUUAGUAUGACCUUUCUUGCUAUCCAUUAGUCUCUAUGCUCUCCCACUGAGUAACUCUAAGUUAGCUAACCAUGUGGAGAAAACCAGGCCGAGCCUGGUUUAUAAGUGUUCCAAGCUGAACUGUGUCUGUGUGGAAAAGACAUACGUAGCCAAUCGGGAUCACUAACAGGACAUUAAGAGACCUUGAUCUUAAAAUUAGAUUACAUUGUUAAACUUCCAGAACCACUGAGGUUGGUAUAUAAAAAGCUCCGGUAUAUAUAUAAAGCUCUGGACAAAAAUAUAAGAGACCACUUAAAAAUUAUGAGUUUCUUUGGUUUUACCAAUUUUCUGGCACCAGGAGUGGUAUAAAGUUAUCCAAAAGCAGUGUGUAAGACUGGUGGAGGAGAACAUGCCAAGAUGCAUGAAAACUGCGAUUACAAACCAGGGUUACUCCACCAAAUAUUGAUUUUUGAACUCUUAAAACUUUAUGAAUAUGAACUUGUUUUUUUUUUAAAGCUCUGCGUCUUUUUUGUUUUUGUUUUGUCUUUUUGGAGAAAUGUUGUCCGUAGUUUUUAGAAUAAAACAAGAAUGUUCGUUUUACUCAAACAAAUACCUAUAAACAGCAAAAUCAAAGAAACUGAUUUAGAAACUGAAGUGGUCUCUUUUUUCAAGAGUUGUAUAUCUAUAUAUCUAUAUUUAUUUUGACACUGUUGAUUUCAGCUUCUUUCAGCUAAUUGUGUAUGUUAUAACUCAUUCUGCCUCAGAAAAAGAACUAUAUUGCUAUGACAUUCAUGAUCAUGAUAAAUGUGCAUAAGCCAUAAACUUCCAACUACAGCUGUAUCUAGUUUAUCAUUAGGUUUAGUUUCAUUUGACCAUCAUUUGCGCUAACUGAUGUCAAAUAUUCCUACUUAUCUCUGCCUGUACCAGCGCUUUCUUCUUUUUAAUCCUUUCUUCUUACAUUUUCUUGUCCGUCUUCCUUAUAAAAGUACUUUUCCCAUGUUAUUUUUUUUUUCAAACUUUUUCCAGAUAUUACGACCUGUUCUUUCUUCUUCUAUCAAAGCCCCCAUCAGAAAUGCUGUAAGCAGUGCUGUUGCUGCCUGUAGAAUAGCACCAACAUUAAAAACAGGGUAAACGCAUUAUAGAAUGAAAUCCUCUGUUGUUGCAGUAGUUAAAUAUGACCUGCUAAUAUAAGGAUUUCUGAUUGGGGCUUUAAACUCAUAUCCUAUCCGUAUAUACUUGACAUACAGACUUAUAAUAAGACACAAAUACAUAAACGAGCUGGCGUUUUUAUUUAUAACAAAAAAAAAAAGAUCGAAUCUGCACAAGUUUUACGAUAUGCAAAAAUGACAUUUAUUUUUGUUCCCAUUAUUUCAUGUUUGUAUAUUAUCUGUAUUGGUAUAUUUCAUAAUUGCAUUUUUUCUCAAUUAAACUUGUAUUUGGAGGAUUUAUAUGUCGAUAUACAUU